AGUGCAGCAACUCGUGCGCAGUUGGUUAGGUGUUACUAAAAUUUUGUUAGGGUAGGGAUAAAAAAUUGAAAUGUUUCUUUGUUUACAGAAUUUGAGCCAAUUUUGGUACCGCCAAGACACGGCAGAGUGUCUCGCUACCGAGUGUCAACGACUAGCUUCUUCUUGUGAGGAAGGUUGUGGCAGUAUUGCUUGUAUCUCCUCGCCGACAGUCUACAGAACUCUCAGAAAAUUAAAUCCUAAGAUCAAAAUGAGUGUGUUCGAGUUCGACUCGCGUUUUGCCGUUUACGGUGAGGACUUUGUGCUGUACGACUACCGAAGCCCUUUGAGCGUGCCUUCCCAUCUACGGGAGAGCUUCGACGUGAUUAUCGCAGACCCCCCUUACCUGGCGGAGGACUGCCUCACUAAGGUUGCCCUCACCAUCAAAAUGCUCAGCAAACCUGAUGCUAAGAUUAUUCUCUGCACGGGUAAGGUUAUGACAGAGUUAGCCGCCAGGCUUAUGGGUCUGGAACUGCAGAAAUUCGAGAUCAGGCAUGACAAGGAACGACUCAGCAACCCUUUUGGAUGUUUUUCAAACUACGAUCUUGACGAAUAUUGCAAGUAUACAUGUUGAACGA